ACAAAAUCGAUCCGAAGCAAUUUGGUAGCUUAAGGGGAUCUUCUACAACAUUCUCCCUUAUUGAUAUGAUUAACAACUGGUUGCAGGCACUGGAUAGCCCAAAACGGUAUCUACGUAUUUGUUUUUUGGAUUUCUCCAAAGCUUUUGACAGAAUCAACCAUAACAUUUUGAUUGCGAAACUCAUAGCCCUUGGAGUAAGAAGAUGUUUGAUCCCAUGGAUAUGUGAUUUUCUUUCAAAUCGUCGUCAGGCAGUGAAAAUUAAUGAGUCUCGCUCGGAGUGGGCUUAUGUAAAUGGCGGUGUCCCUCAAGGAACAAAACUUGGCCCUAUCUUGUUCUUAGUUAUGAUUAAUGAUCUGAAAAUGAAGUCCCUAAACUCCUCUCAUUGGAAAUACGUUGACGAUGUAACGAUUUCUGAGGUUAUAAAAGAAACUGAGGAAUCGCGAUUACAAACUGAACUCAAUGAACUCCAACAAUGGGCAUGUGAGAAUGAUAUGAAACUGAAUGGGUUGAAAUGCAAGAAAAUGGUUGUCAGCUUUUUACGACAAAGUGAUAACUAUACUCCAUUACACAUUAAUGAUCAACAAUUGGAACUGGUUACAUCUUUCAAGAUUUUGGGUUUGACUAUUAAUAAUCACCUUAAAUGGAAUGAUAACGUUGCAAUUAUCGUAAAAAAAGCGUCGAAACGCCUUUACAUCCUUCGGGUGUUGCGUCGAUCUGGAAUUCCACCCGCUGACUUGCUCUCAAUCUAUAACGCCUUAAUCAGAUCUGUUUUGGAAUAUGCUUGUGCAGUCUGGCAUACCAGCCUACCUCAGUAUCUUUCCAACAAAAUUGAACGGGUGCAGAAACGUGCUCUGCGAAUUCUGUACCCUUUCACUGAUUAUGCGGAAGCCUUAUCUAUCAGUCGUUGUUCUCGCCUUGAUGAUAGAAGGCAGUCAAUAUGUCAGAAUACCUUACAAAAGAUUGCUAAUCCUUGCUCGAAACUGUACCACUUGUUGCCGUCAACUCGUGGAAACGUCCAUGGACGGAGUUUGAGAAAUAAUAAUCAAUUAUCGCUUCCCAAAUGUAGAACUGAGAGGUUUAAGAACAGUUUUAUCCCGGCAAUGUGCUAUAGUCAAGUUGACGUAUAGGCCUUUAUGGUCUUAAUUUGUAUAUUAGGUUUUAACAUUUAUAUUAGAUAUAGUAAUUAAUAUUCUAGCAUUUUUGUAAAUUUUAGUAUAUUUCCAUGUAAGCAUAUUGUAAUUCAUUUUCAAUGCGAUAAUAUGCAAAUAAACCAUUAAUAUUAAAUAAUAAUUGUGGUUAGCAUUAUCAUCUUGCACAACAUUAUUUAACACAUUUUGCUAGUGUGUUUACCAAUUUGGUACAAUAACGACUUGCAUUAGGAGAAUUUAAAAAUUCAAGCCAACAAUUAACAAAGGCAGUAUCUGAUGGCAUUUCAUAAUUCCAUGAAUCAUUUUGAGAGUUUUUCCAAGGUUUAUACUUCAAAAGCUGAUAUUUACAAUAUAGGGGAUAAUUCACCCCUUUUGGAUUGAAAGAAUAACAAGGGAAGAAGCGCAGAAUGACUUUUGAUGAUUGUUUGACAAGUCUACUGUUGGCAAUUUUGUAGUCUGUGAAUACUGAGCUAAAUUAAGUUUCAUCACAAAUGGAAAAUCAUUCUUAAAAGAUUCACGCUUCGAAUAUUUAUCCAAUAUGGAGUCAUUGGUGCAGCUACUAUUUGGGUAUUAAAAAUGCUAGAUGUGCGACCAGGAUUCAAUUACUUCUCAGGGGGUCAAGCAACAAGAGAAAGAUCACGGCAAGCAACAAGAGAAAGAUCGUGUUUUUGACGUGCUGAGAAGCAAUGGGUAUCCUAAAAUAUUUCUGGACGAAGUUGAGAAGAGACGUGCAAGGAAAACAGAAUUCGUGCCAUCACCCGAAGAACUUGUACGUAUGUUUUUUGAAAAUGUCAAACCAGAGAACAAUCCCAGCUACACAGUCCUCCCCUACAUUAACAGCUCAACAGAACCCCUGAAAAGACUACUCAAACGAUACGGCAUCAGAACCACUCCGAACAUUAGAACAAGGUUUUCCAUCACCAAAGGACAGACCACUUCCCGAAAAACAGAUCAAUGUUGUGUACAAGAUUAAUUGCGCAGACUGCUCCUGGAGCUACAUAUGUGACACGACUGGCAGAGCUCUCGGAACGAGGAAAAAGAAAAGAAAACAAAAGAAACAUUGAAACAAUGUAAAUCCGGCUCAAACAUAGCAAAACAUGUUUGGACUGAGGACCAUAAAAUCGACUUUGAUGAGUGCGAAAUCUUAGACAAGGAAACCUAUCGACACAGAGCAACACUGGAGUCCUGGCAUACAGCAACCACAGUCAAUUCUGACAACAAUGGGCAACAUUUACCAGAACAAUAUACGUUUUUAUUAAAAAAGAACAGAUUCAUAUUUCUGCUUUGAAGAUCACACGUAAUAUCAUUUAUAUAAAUUAAAAAAAAGCAAAGGGCCCAAAACGGAACCCUGAGGAACGCCGGCUUCAAUUUGUAUCCAGUCCGAUGACUGACCAUCUAUUAUGACACGCUGCUUUCUUUCUGAUAAAUAACUUUUAAUCCAUUUAAGAAGAGGAUCUCUUACUCCCAAAUAUUCUAACCUACGGAGCAAUCCUUUGUGUCAAACUUUAUCAAAGGCCUUACUAAUAUCCAGGAAAACCAUCCGAACCUCUUUCCUUCUUCAAGAGCCUCGUAAAUUUUGUGUACAAUGAAAACAAGCUGAUUUACGGUCGAAUCUCCAGGUCGAAAACCAGAUUGAAAAGGAUUUAGGAAAUGAAUCUCAAGCAAAAAAAUAUAUAGCCUAAUAAAUACUAUUUUCUCGCAAACUUUCGACAAAGACGAUAAUAAAGAAACGGGACGAUAAUUCUCUUUCGAUUGGCGAUUAUCCUUUUUAAAAAUUGGUAUAACAUUUGCCAAUUUCCAGCUAAGCGGAAAUUUUCCGUUAGAUAAGGAUAUAUUAAUAAAACGGGAAAAUGAAUUUGCAAUACCAACAGCACAUGUCUUAAUUAGAAAAUUUCCUACGCUGUCUACACCACAGCCUUUUGAAACAUCGACAGUGCUUAAUAAAUCUUUAACUUUAUUUUCGGUGGUGGAUAAAUGCGAAAGAAUUUUUGAAGUUUGAAAUUUGUUUAAAAUAGGCACCCGGAGCAUUGUUAUUUUCCACUUUACACUGGGAAAUAAAAUACUCAUUGAAAAGUGUGGCUUUUUCUUUCGCAUCCGUUAUCACACGGGGUCCGUCUUGUAUAACGGGUAUUUUGGAUUGAAUUUUACUCCCAUAUAAUGACUUAACAAGACCCCACCACUUUUUUGGACCUAAUUUACGAUCCUGUAAUUUUUUAUUGAGAUUUGCAAAAUAACUUACUUUGCAUUUACGUAUUAGUGCCGUCGUCAGAUUUCUUUGCAAUCUACAAUUUUCCCAUGUACGCAGACUUUUCCGUCUGCAGAAAAAAUUUAGUAGUCUAUUCCUUUUGCGGAUGGCUAUUCUGAUUUUUGAAUUCAUCCAAGGUUUAUCUCUUGGACGAAUUAUCACAGUCCUUUUAGGCACAAAGGACUCAAGAAUAUGAUGAAAACGCUGAAACCACCUAUUGUAUAACUCAUCAACAUCGUCAACAUUAUAGAAUACUUCGUCCCAUGCAGUGUUUUCAAGAACCUCACGUAAAGCAUUUACAUCUAUUUUGGAAUAAUCCCAGAUAUGGCGUGUAUAACACUUUUGUUUUUCUAGCGAAAUACUCAUCCGAGCAUAAACCAGCGAGUGAUCACAAUUACUUGGCGGGCUUAUAGUUCCAGAAUUCACAAAAUAACCUGGAGAGUUUGUAAUUAUAAGAUCUAAUAAAGUGGCACUAUGUGCAGUAAUGCAUGCUGGUUCAUUUAUAACUUGAAACAGGCCAUUGCAUUCCAGCCAUCUGUAUAAAUGUGAUCCGAAAUCAUUAUUGGGCAAAGUUUCCCCCAUUACAAAAUCAGCAUUAAAAUCCCCAAAGAGUAAAACAAAGGUACCAGGUACUUUAUUUAUUUCGUCUCAGCAGAAUUGCAAAUGAUCCAAUGUUGUACUUUAAAUUAUUAUUUAUUCAAAAUAGAUUGUAUUGUAUCUCCAGUAUGUGUGCGGCGCGACUUGUGAAUCUGUUACUCAUUACUUGCUAGAGUGUCCCCGAUACUCUUUUCCAUUUCCUUCUUUCUUGUUCUUUUUUUUUUUUUUAAAAAUAUGUAAAUGUUAUAUGAUGUAAACCCCUCGAUGAGCUUCAUAGCUCUUGGGCAAACGUCAUUAAUGAAUAUAUACGUUUAAAUAAAAAAAAAUUAAAUAAAAAAUAAAUAUCUUGUGCUACAAUUUGUGCGACGCUCAACUGUAUUUACUAAAUCUAUAUAGUCACUUUCUUCAUCAGAAUCAGAGAUAUUUAUGUGUCGCUUUGAACAUGGAUGAAUAGGUGGUUUUGUCCACAAUUUAGAUUGAGGUGAAAAAAUAUUCCAUGUAGUAAUAAGUCUAUCAACAUAAUCACAAACAAUUUGGGAAGCUUUUCUCUGCUCAUCUAUUUUCAUUUGAAAUAGAUUUGUUUGUCAACACCAGUGUUGUGUCUUUCUGCUAGAAACACUUUUAUUGCUACAUCUAUGAGCUCACAAAGACCAGAUCAGAUUUCAAUUUUGCAGCACCAUGGCAAUGAAUACUACCUCUAGCUUGAAACUCAUAUUGAUACCAAUGCCAUUAAGCAUCUAAUGUAUCAUACAACCAAUGUUUCAAAAAUGAUUCUAGAUGUUUAGUAAAACACCAAUCAACUAAGUGAGGAUUAAGUUCUUUGAUUGUUUGCAUGGCGAUAAAACAUAAUAGUUUUGUUUGUGGAAACACCACGAAAACGUAAACACCACAUAAAUGACGACGUUGCAGUAAUAAAUUUAUGUGGUGUUUCCACAAACAAAACUAUUAUAAGUGAGGAUUGUCAAUAACAUUUUUACGUUUGUCCUCUUUACUUAAAUUAUCAUCACUUGGAGAAAAAAGUGAAUGCAAUUCAGGCCAGUAAAGAUCUGCAGAAGAGAAUGUGAAAAAUAUUGUUGGGGCACCUUUUGCAAUAAUGAUUGCCUUUAAGUCUUCCUUAACUUUAAACCAAUAUGCACAACUGCCAGUGACAUUUGCUACGUAUCUAGAAAGUUUCGACAUAAAAGUUGAUGAACUGUUACUACAGGCCAUUUCUUGUAAUUCUUCCACAGUAAGAUGAGAUUCAUUUGGAUUCUGCUUGAGAAAAAUGGAAGUUUGUUGAAUGGCACAUUUCCUUUGGAUCAUAUUUAAAGCCCAAUAUGAAAACCUUGGGUGAGAAGAAAACCUGUACACCCAUUUUCCAUCAAUAUUUUCAGAAUAUUUCAAAAGAUGUUGAAUUUGAUUACCAAAAGGUACAUCUCUUUGCAGACAGGGAUUGGUUGGAUCGCCAUUACCAUCUGGAAAAAGUGUAGGAAAAACAAGGGUGGCAAGAAAUGGUGUUGUAUACUAAUUUAUUUUAUUUCUUCACUUUCUAAACAGCUAUUUGAAGAGACUGGGUGAAAGCUAUUUGUUUCUUUGUCACAGUUAACAACUUCCCCUCCAGUUAAAAUUGUAUCAGUAUCCUGAUCAACUGCAUCUGGGUCUUCUAAUGUUUCUAUUGUUGGUAUAUUAGAAGGAAUAACGUUACUUGGUCAUGAUUCUAAUGCAUUUGUAUCUAUAGUCACAUAUCUGUAUUGUGGAUUAUGUUUUAGCAACCAAUGUAAUGCUUGCUCACCUUUUUGUCUCCAAACUAAAACAUCUUUUAGAGCAUUGUCCUUCCCUUUCAUAGUAACAAUUAUAAUUGGUAUAUCAGAAGAACACGUCGAAGAGAAUUAGCUAACUCUGACACUUUUUAAGGCAAAUUUAUACAAUGUCCAAUAUAUCCCCUUUGACCACCAGGUUUUACAUACACUUUCAAUAUGGUGAGUGCUCUGGCAAUGAGCAUUUCUUCAAUUUGAGUUAAGCCCUGCAACGCAUCAGGCACACUUGAAAGAAUCAUACUAUUCUGAGUAGACAAUUUCCUUGGAUUUUUUUUUGUCACUUUUGCAUAUACGGCAAACAUAAUUGGCAGCACAUUUUGGUUUGAUUUUUACAGGCUUUGCUUCAAAACAUUCAGAACACAUGUUUUUCAGAACACUGAAUGGUGGUAUACUGCAUUGAUUCAUGGAAUAAACUAAGGUUUGCCUUGUAACUUUCAGAACCAAUGGAAUCUGUCUUUUGGUGUUGUUUAAGGUUUUGAGUUUUUUUAGAUGAUUUUCUACUAAAUGUACUAUGCUCAUUACUUAUAGAACCUUCAGACAAAACAUGACCUUCUUGCAUGUCAACAUUCUGCUUACUACUAUAUGCAUCAUGCUCAUUACUUAUAUCACCUUCAGACACCAAAUGACCUUCUUGCAUGUCAACAUUCUAUUUAGAUUUUGACAACUUACUUGAAAAUGGGCUAGCAUGAGACUUUUUUGUUGUUGUUUAAAACACUUUUUUCAUAUGUUUUUUACUUAAAAAAUAUGAAUCAGAAGAACAGUAAAUACUUUUUCUUUUGUCAUACAAAUUUUGUUUAUCAGACCUUGCAUUUAUGCAUACAUCAAGAACAACAUCAUAAUGUAUACCAGAUGUAUUUUGAAUGUAAAUGGAAAUUAUGCUUUGAGGCUGCAAACCAUCCAGCAUUGACUUCGAAAACUUAUUCCAUACAAAAUUAUUACCUGCACUUCGAUACACAUAAAUAUCAGUGCUAAGCGAAGAAGCAGCAGCAAAAAUUUCAAUGUCAGUCCUUCUCGGCCCAUGCCACUUGAUUGGAUAUAAUUACUCAAAGACAUCAUGUUCACAUGUGGUAGCAACUGGUUUUCAAUGGUUCUCAUGUGAUCUAAUAUGUUAUAUCUUACAACAGAGUGGUAGACUUGUCUCCCAGUAAUAACAUAUGAAAGAGCUCGAAAUAAACGAUUCCCGUCACCCAAAAUGUUAUGCAGUGUGGCUGGUUUAGUUAGUAUUUUUGAGUACCUUUGUUGCAUGAGGCAAGACAAGUGGCAAGUUUACUAAAGAGCACAUAAAUCUCUGGGCAUUUUCAUCAACUGGAUUGAACAAGAACGGACAAGCCAUAGUUAAAAAUUGCACUAACAGCAGUAAAUUAAACACCACUUUUAAAAACAAUCAACAUUCAAGCUUUAUAGUGUAUUAAUCAACCAAUAUUGUUGGUCAAAACGAGGUGUGCGUACACACCAAAACAUGAGGCAUGCAAACACACCAAAACAUGAGGCAUAUCUCGUACCUUUUACCAAUAAUGAUCCAGUACCACCAAUAAUGAUCUUCGCACUACAUUAAUAGUCAAACAAAUUGAAAAUCAAUAAAAAAUAUCCAGCCACAGCCAACUUUACAAUAUUAGGACAAUUUAUAAGGUUAAAAUCUCUUACCUUUUUAAGGUUUUAUAGUCUAAUAGUAAUAUUUCGCACGAGGCGUCAGGCGAGCAAAGACGCCAAACUGAACACGAGGCUCAAAUACGCUGAAAACAAUUUUAAACAGGCCAAAGUAAAAUGUUUUUCUAUCUUAAAACCUUAAACUGAUUAAAAAUAGUUUACAAAUCGAAGCAAGUAAAACAAUAAACAGUAUAUUUCAAAUACGCCACAUGCAAAUACUAUCUGUCACACGUCUCACGAAAUGCUAAACCAAAUAUCCAGCCACCAAAUGCGCUGAUAUUACAGGGUAUAUAUAGCGAAACAAAUUACACUAAACCUUAGACUGAUUAAAAAUAGUUUACAAAUCGAAGCAAGCAAAACAAUAAACUAUAUAUUUCAUAUAGCCAAACAAAUUACACUAAACCUUAGACUGAUUAAAAAUAGUUUACAAAUCGAAGCAAGGAAAACAAACAAUAUAUUUGAAUACGCCACAUGUCGCACAAAAUGCCAAACCAAAUAUCCAGCCACCAAUUGUGCUAAUAUUACAGGGUGUAUAUAGCGAAACAAAGUACACUAAAGAAUCGUGCAAAACAACAAACAACUGCCAAUCUUGCACUUAUUGAAAAACAGAAUAUCG